AUGUCGAAGGGAACGAAACGAUGGUUCCACUCAACAUUCGAUGAAGUCGUCGGAGCUGUUUCGCAAAAACAUUGUGAACCUCAGACUCACGAAAUAACGGCGAAGAAAACGAAGCUCAACGAUUCAAAUAAGUACAACGGCUCACGUUCAGUUGCCAAGGUGAAUACCAGCAACCCGCGACCUACUGACUGGUCCGUUGAAUUAGCUGCGAAAACUGUUGCCGACCUAGCCGUUCAUCAGAAAAAGAUAGAGGAACUACAACAGUGGCUGCAAACGUACGAGCGAGUGAAAGACAUCGACCCGGUUGCCAUCCUGUCAGUUUCCGGUCCACCAGGCUGUGGUAAAAGUACGGCUGUGAGGACGAUAGCUGCAGAUCAAGGAUACCGGAUAGCAGAAUGGUCCGUACCUGUUGAUGUGGAUUUGUACUCUUGUGAGGAAUUCGAUUUUGAAGAUGUUCCUUAUGAGCACGUUACCUUUCGCGAGAAUCAGAGACUACAGUUUGAUAAGUUUCUGUAUAAAACGUCCCGAUAUUGUUCGAUAUUUGAAACAGAAUCAGAUAAAAAGUUACUUUUAGUAAAAGAUUUACCAAACAUUUUUCUGCGGGAUCCGGAUGCAUUUCGUAGUUCAUUGGAAGCAUUCCAUGAUGCCGGAGCAUCACCGUUGGUGUUUGUAGCAACGAAAACAUCCAGCAAAAAGUUGGAUAUUAUGUACAACCUUUUUCCAUCAUCCGUUUUGCUGGAGUAUAAAAUCCAUCACAUAACACUGAAUAGUGUUUCUACCACUUUAAUGAGAAAGGCAGUCAAACGAAUCACAUCUUUAAUGGGUCGUAUCGAUAUGGAGCAUAACUAUCGAGUUCCUACUCAGGAGACGAUUGAUAGUAUCAUCUUGUCGUCGCAGGGUGAUUUGCGGAAUGCAACAAUAAACAUACAUUUUGCUUCUCUUAAAAAUGCUCCACAGUUAACGACAGAAUGUGUUAAUAUCCGAGAGGUCCUGAACAGUUCGGGAGCAGCUGUUGUAAAAGGUAGAAAUAAGAAAAAGGAGAUUAAAUUAAAAUCAAUCGGUUGUAACGAGAGUCUGACGGUGAUGCACGCACUUGGAAGAGUUUUCAAUCCAAAGUUUGAGCAAACAAAUGGCAACCCAGGCACAGAAAAGUUUCAUCACUCACCUGAGGACCUGACGGACUCGUUCAUUUCACGCGGAAAACUGUCAUUCGAAUGUGGACCUUCCUUGAAUCCAUACGAAAACUUUACAGCAAGAUGA